AAAAAGGAGAGAAACGUGUCAAAAAUAAACCACGAGGCACCAUUGGUGCUACUUUAUUCGUUGCAUUCAACACGCAAAACGGAAUUCAAAUACGGUGGCUGCUGUCUUUGUUAGUGUUAGAAUUAACGUGACCCCUUUAUCGACACUUAUAUAUAUCUAAUUUCUUAAACGAAUUGUCAAAAAUUGGAUAAUCGAAAACCCAAAUUGCAAAAAUACAAAGGCAAUGGAAACAGUUAUGGAAGACGAAGAGUACAAUUGGUGCGAAGUGAAACUUCAUUCUAUGAUACCGAUAGUGCCGGAGCCGGAACUAGAGAGGGAAUCCGGCGAACGGCGUCGCGGCCGUGACAUUAUGAUCGCUAUAGAUCACGGCCCUAACAGCAAACACGCUUUUGAUUGGGCCGUUACUCAUCUUUGCCGUCUCGCUGAUACGCUUCAUCUCGUUCACGCCGUCUCCAGUCUGAGUAAUCAGAUUGUCUAUGAGAGUACGCAGGGACUCAUGGAGAAGCUUGCUGUUGAGGCUUUUUCGGUUGCUAUGGUGAAGACAGUGGCUAGGAUUGUGGAAGGAGAUGCUGGAAAGGUCAUUUGCAAGGAAGCAGAAAGGUUGAAGCCUUCAGCUGUGGUUAUGGGAACCAGGGGACGUGGCUUAUUCCAAAGUGUACUGCAAGGAAGUGUCGCUGAGCAUUGCUUACACAACUGUAAGAUAGCUCCGAUCAUCGUAGUUCCUGGAAAAGAUGCUGGGGAAGUCUCUGUGAUUUAAUGGAACUUUCAAAGUUUCGCGAACUUACUCUGAAGUGAUGUCAAUCCAAGUAAUGCUGAUUGGUAUGAGAUAGUGGCAGCAGCUGUAUUACUGGUGUCAGGUUCUUCCUUUAUAAUGUCUGUGCUUAUAUAAAAAACUUAUGCUAUCAUUGAUGUAAAGUAUUUUUGUCUGGUUAAUUUAUGUUUAUUUUAUGUAUUCAGGAUUUAAGUUACUUUUUGAGUAAUACCAAUUUAUAUUGUGAAUAGUUGCUGAUAGCAGUGACAAAAGUCAUCUAUAUAUACAUUGGAUAAUGUUCCUGAGA